GUAAUCAGAGUCACCGAGUUGACUCGCUUGACCGAGUUGAAGCGCACUACGUUGUUCCUAGUUCUCCAUGGAGAUUUCCUCCGCCGAAUCGUUGUCCAUCUCUUUCGCGACCGCCUCUGAGGUCGUCUCGGAGCCUUCGGUAUCUUCUUCGUCAUCCUCCUCGCGCCUGUCUGCUUCGUCGCCGAAUCAGGCCUCUUCCACCGCUUUCUCCACCAUGGAUCACGCAUUUGCGACGGCGGCAGUCGAAGAUGAGGAGGACGUGUGCAGGAUUUGCAGAAUUCCUGGGGAUACGGACAAUCCGCUUCGGUACCCGUGCACCUGCCGCGGGAGCAUCAAAUUUGUUCACCAGGAUUGCCUCCUUCAGUGGCUUAAUCACAGAAAAGCUCGUCACUGCGAGGUUUGCAAACAUCCUUUUUCAUUCUCCCCAGUGUAUGCUGAAAAUGCUCCAACAAGGCUCCCUUUCCAGGAGUUUGUAGUUGCCAUUGCCACGAAAUGUUUUCGCGUUUUACACUUCUUUCUGCAGUUGAGCUACGUGAUUGCAACCCGGUUUAUCAUUAUUCCUUACAUUACAUUUUGGAUAUGGCGACUGGCUUUUGUGCGGAGUUUUGGUGAAGCUCAGCAGUUGUUCUUAAGUCACAUCUCCACCACAGUAAUUCUCACUGAUUGUUUGCAUGGGUUCUUACUGUCGGCAACAAUUUACUUCUUUUACUUUGGAGUAAUUUUACUAAGGGUGAUCUUUAGGCGUUUGCGAGAGCUAAGGGGGCAAGAAGAAAGAGAGGAUGAAUGGGACAGAGAUGGUGCUCGUGCUGCCAGAAGGCCUCCUGCUGGACAGGCUAAUAGGAAUCUUGCUGGAGAGGAGAAUGGCGAAGAUGCUGGGGAUCAGGGUGCUGCGUUUGGUCAGAUUGUCAAUAGGAACCCUGAAAAUGUUCUGGAAAGGUUGGGCAUACAAGCAGUUCGUAUCGAGGCUCAGGUUGAACAGAGUUUUGAUGGUUUGGACGACGCUGAUGGUGCAGAAGAAGCUGUAUCAUCCCUCCUUAAACAGUUCUCGGCAGCAAUGAGGCAUCUGAUGACUAUGCUCAAAGCUACCUGUUUUUUUGUCUACUUCUUAGGGGUCUUCCCUCUGAUGUGUGGGUGGUCGCUAGAUGUUUGCACGGUUAGGAUGUUUGGUAAAACAAUGUCUCACAGAGUACAGGUUUUAUCAACUUCUCCAUUGGUAAGCUCACUUCUUCAUUGGGUUGUUGGAUUCAUGUACCUCAUGUUUACAAUGAUCUUCGAAAGCCUUCUACGAGAGGUUCUUCGACCUGGAGUUUUGUAUUUCCUUGAUUACCUUGAAGAUCCUAAUGUCGAUCCGUUCCAAGAUAUGAUUGAUGAUCCAGUACACAAGCAAGCUCGGAAGGUUCUGUUAGAAACUGCAGUGUAUGGAAGUUUGAUUGUCAUGCUGGUAUUUUUACCAGUCAAACUUGCGAUCCGGAUGGCUCCUUCAAUCUUUCCACUCGACAUAUCUGUAUCCGACCCAUUCACUGAGAUUCCAGCCGACAUGCUUCUGUUACAAAUAUGCAUACCAUUUGUUAUCAAGCAUUUCAGAUUCCAGACCUCAAUUAAGUCCCUUCUACGUUACUGGUUCACUGGUGUUGGUUGGGCGCUUGGUUUGACAGAUUUCCUCUUGCCAAGACCAGAGGACAACAAUGGUCAGGACAAUGGAAACGGUGAACCAGGAAGGCAGAACAGAGUACAAGUAUUGCAGGUCGGUGGACCAGAUAGGCCCAUGGCUGUUCUUCCAGCAGCUGAUGACCCUAACAAAAGUCGCCUAUGUGCUGGGAAUGUCAACACGGGUGAGGAAUAUGAAGAUGAUGAAGAACAAUCUGAUUCAGAGCACAACUUUGUGGUCCGGAUAAUCCUCCUUCUACUUGUUGCAUGGGUGACUCUUCUUCUCUUCAAUUCAGCAUUGAUAGUUGUACCAGUUUCGGUUGGACGUACUCUAUUUAGUGUCAUCCCAAUUCUCCCAACAACUCAUGGCAUCAAAUGCAAUGACCUGUAUGCUUUUGUCAUUGGCACAUAUGCCUUUUGGACUACCAUAUCUGGGGCCACGUACGCUAUUGAGCAUGUCAAGUCGAAGAGGACUUCAGUCUUGCUUAACCAAAUAUGGAAAUGGUGUGAGAUUGUUUCCAAGAGCUCGGUGCUGUUAGCCAUAUGGGUUUUUAUCAUUCCGGUGCUAAUAGGACUUCUGUUUGAGCUUUUGGUUAUUGUCCCAAUGAGAGUCCCAGUUGAUGAAAGCCCUGUCUUCCUCCUGUACCAAGACUGGGCUCUUGGGCUCAUCUUUUUGAAGAUCUGGACUAGACUGGUAAUGCUGGACCAUAUGCUUCCAAUAGUGGAUGAUAGCUGGAGAGCAAAGUUUGAGAGGGUAAGAGAAGAUGGCUUCACAAGGCUUCAAGGGUUAUGGGUACUUAGAGAGAUUGUGUUCCCAAUUGUGAUGAAACUCCUAACAGCUUUAUGCGUGCCUUAUGUCCUGGCGAGAGGCGUGUUUCCAAUGCUCGGAUAUCCGCUAAUAGUGAACUCGGCGGUCUACAGAUUCGCAUGGAUAGGUUGUCUCUCGGUGAUCCUCUUCUGCUUCUGGUUCAGAAACCUUCACAACUCCAUCCGUGAUGACCGUUAUCUCAUUGGUCGGAGACUCCAUAACUUUGGGGAAUCUGCUUUGGCUAAUCAAAACCAAAAACUCAAUCCAACGGCUGAGAUCUUCCCUCACAUCAACACUCCUCCUAGGGGUCAGACUCCGAAUGGUUCGACCGUGGCGGUCACUUCUGCUCCGGUGACGUCAGGUGGAGCAACGGCGGCCGGGUUUGGUACCACGUCGCUUUAUGUGGGAGAUCUCGAUGUCAAUGUGACGGACUCGCAGCUUUUCGAUGCGUUUAGCCAAAUGGGUCCAGUGGUCUCCGUUCGUGUCUGUAGAGAUUUGGCCACUCGCCGAUCCCUUGGCUAUGGAUACGUUAACUUUACCAAUCCCCAAGACGCUGCAAGAGCGAUCCAAGAACUGAACUACAUACCUCUUUAUGGAAAACCUAUUAGGGUUAUGUAUUCUCAUCGUGAUCCUAGUGUUCGUCCGAAGUGGCGCUGGAAACAUUUUUAUCAAGAAUUUGGACGAGUAGCUGUGGACUCUUCAGGCCAAUCAAAAGGCUAUGGGUUUGUGCAAUACGCCAAUGAAGAAUCUGCCCAGAAAGCUAUAGAGAAACUGAACGGCAUGUUGCUCAAUGACAAGCAAGUGUAUGUGGGUCCUUUCCUGAGGAGACAGGAAAGAGACUCCACUGCUAACAAAACGAAAUUCACCAAUGUGUACGUGAAGAAUCUCGCGGAAAGUACUACCGAUGAUGACUUGAAGAAUGCUUUUGGCGAGUAUGGAAAGAUAACAAGUGCUGUGGUGAUGAAAGAUGGAGAUGGGAAGUCUAAGGGCUUUGGGUUUGUUAAUUUUGAAAAUGCUGAUGAUGCUGCUAGGGCUGUGGAGUCUCUCAAUGGGCACAAAUUUGAUGAUAAGGAGUGGUAUGUUGGUAGAGCCCAGAAGAAGUCGGAGAGGGAAACAGAAUUAAGGGUCCGUUAUGAACAGAAUUUGAAGGAAGCUGCAGACAAGUUUCAAAGUUCAAACUUGUAUGUGAAGAAUUUGGAUCCUAGCAUUUCAGAUGAGAAGCUUAAAGAGAUCUUCUCUCCUUUUGGUACCGUUACAUCUUGCAAGGUGAUGCGGGAUCCUAAUGGAACAAGCAAAGGCUCAGGUUUUGUUGCUUUCUCAACUCCCGAAGAAGCAACUGAAGCUAUGUCACAGUUGAGCGGUAAAAUGAUCGAAAGCAAGCCACUCUAUGUGGCUAUUGCACAGCGGAAGGAAGACAGAAGGGUCAGACUACAGGCUCAGUUUUCCCAAGUGAGGCCAGUUGCAAUGCAGCCGUCUGUUGGUCCCCGCAUGCCAGUGUAUCCCCCGGGUGGUCCUGGUAUUGGACAACAAAUGUUCUAUGGUCAGGGUCCUCCUACCAUGAUUCCUCCCCAGCCUGGUUUUGGGUACCAACAGCAGCUUGUUCCUGGAAUGAGACCUGGAAGACGUCCUGGGGGAAUCCAACACCCCCAGCAGCAAAAUCCCAUGAUGCAGCAACAGAUGCAUCCAAGGGGUCGGAUGUUCCGGUAUCCCCAAGGACGUGGUGGUGGUGGUGGUGAAGUGCCUCCAUAUGAUAUGGGCAACAACAUGCCAUUGCCUAUUGGAGCUUUGGCUUCACAUCUGGCUAAUGCUUCUCCAGAGCAACAGAGGACGAUGCUGGGUGAGAGUCUGUACCCGUUGGUGGAGCAGCUUGAGGCAGAGUCUGCAGCCAAAGUGACUGGGAUGCUUUUGGAGAUGGACCAGACUGAAGUGCUUCAUCUGUUGGAGUCACCAGAAGCUCUCAAGGCUAAAGUUGCAGAGGCUAUGGAUGUUCUCAGGAGCGUCGCUGCUGGUGGUGCAGCCGAGCAGCUUGCUUCCUUGAACCUCUCUUAACUUGUUUUUUUACCAUUUGAUCUUUGGCUUUUGUCUCUCUCCCAUACAAUUGGAGUUGUUUCUUUCUCUAUUUGUUUUCUCCCUGGGAAUUUGGAUUCCUCCACAUAACUGCUUUUGUGUUAUUUUAAACCUUCGCUUUUGAAACCACAAAGGAAAAACCUAUCUGCUUUGUUCUUCUGAUUUAGUUGCAUGUUCUUGCUUAUUCGAUCUAGUGUCCACAGAAGAUAAACUUGAUAUCGAUAAGGUCAAAGCUGUUGAUCCCCCUCUUUGGACUGUGAUUGUUGCUUCUAGUCUUUUUCUUGCCAGUUUUGAAGCUCUUAAGUUAUGGUGAAAGGUGGAUUAAAUCGUUGUGGUAAAAAUGCAUGAAUGGUCUCAUUAUCAUCUUAGAGUGUGAUGAGAUAAUACAUUUUUAACUUUUUU